AUGGCACCAAGAAGGGUCGAUGCUGAGACAAGCGCUGAGGCUAGACGCCAAGAGGAAGAGGCUAAGCGAAGGGCUGAGUUGGCGACUCUCAUAUCCCAACAAAUCAAUGAUGCCAUGCCGAACAUCGCCGCUCAAAUUGCUGAGAAUGUGACUGCUACCAUCAACAUGGCAAGAGGGCAAGAAGGUAGAGGAAAUGCCAAUGACCGAAAUGCUUACAAGACUUUUACGUCUUGCAACCCAAAGGAGUUUUAUGGGACGGAGGGUCCCGUUGGGUUGCUGUCUUGGUUUCAAAGCAUGGAGGCAGUACUAAACAUCAUUGAUUGUACACCCGCCGACCGUGUCAAGUUUGCGGCAAGUAAGCUUCAAGGGAGGGCACUAACCUGGUGGAACCUCCAAGUCACCACGAGAAGUGUCGCCACGAUGAAUGCAUUGACAUGGGAGCAGUUCAAAGAGGAAAUGAAAAGGGAGUAUUGCCCUAGACCAGCAGUUCAGAAGUUGGAAAUUGAGUUUUGGAAUCACACCAUGAAAGGAAUGGAGUUGGAGGCGUAUGCGAUUCGCUUCCAUGAGUUGUGUGUGCUAGUGCCGGAUAUGGUGAACACCGAAGCAAAGAAAGUGGAAAGGUUUGUUUAUGGAUUGGCACCCAAAGUGAGAUUGAUGGUCACGACGGCGAACCCCGCCACACUGGGAGAAGCUGUGAGUUUGUCGACGAAGCUAGUCAAUGAUCUAGUUAGGACUGGGAAGUACUCACGAGGCGAGGCGAGUUCGAAGCAAGGUGGAGGAAACCGAUUUGGUGAUCAUAAGGGGAGUGGGCCUGAUAAGAGGCAGAAGAUUGUGAGGAAUUAUGGUAUCAAUGAAGCUAACCCCAGCCCGAACCACGGGCAGACACCAAGAUGCAACCGUUGUGGGAACCAUCAUCGUGAUGAAUGCAAGCAUGGAAUAAGAGUUGGAGGGAUUCGGAAUGGAUGUCAUGAAUGUGGGAGUACCGAGCAUUGGAAGAAUGCAUGUCCUAGAUUGAGAAGGGCACAAGGCAACCGUAGGGAUGGAAAUGGUAACCGUGGGAACUUUAGGAAUGUCGGAAAUCGUGGAAACCAAGUGAACCAAGGCAAUGGAAACCGAAUGAAUCAAGGAAAUGGUGGGAACAGAGGAAAUGGUGGGAAUCAAGCGAACGUGGGAAAUCAAGGAAAUAACAACAACCAAGGAAACUGA